AUGGCCCGCAAGGUGAAGGCUAAGAGUAAACAUCUCAGCUACCACUCCAAUGAUCAGGCUAUGCCUAAUCAGAUGGAUUCACCCUCGGCAAUCACAGAUGGUGCAUUACCUCCGUGCAAAAGAGCCACUGGCUGGGCAAAAGCGGAACAGAUCAUGGAAGCGGCAUGUGCCCUAGAAGAUUGGUUGGACUCCGACCGGAGUGAGGAGGAGGUUUCCAACGCCCCUGACCACGCCUACUAUAAUGAGGCGGGGUCCGAGGCGGAGGAGCCGUUUGACCUUGGAGCCCAGGAGGCUCUGACCUCCACGGCACUUGGCUUGGUGGAUGCUCCGAGGGAUGCGGGGGUGGGUCUCCAGGACCCACAGGGCCACCCCCUGUUCUAUCCGGACGACUUGCACAACCCGCAUUCCGCGAAGUGGGAGCCACCCAGUCACAUUGCCAGCUAUUUGGCACUGUGCAUGUGCACACUGCUAUCUAAGGAGGGGCAAAACAAACUUAGAGCUCAAUGCCCCUGCCCCAUCAUGCCCGAUGCGGCUUGUAAGACCCCGGAAGUGGACCCACAGAUUUCCAAAUUUUAA